UAUGUUUAAAUAAAAGUGGAGUAAUAAAUAAUGUUGCGUUCAAAGGUGCUGGCUGACACCACCCACUCACCCAUUCACACUAAAAAUGUCUCUCUCAGUUUGAGUACAUUAAUUCUAUGGGAAAUAACAAAAAAGGAUCAUCUUCUUCUUGGUUAAGUGCUGUUAAGAGAGCUUUUAGAUCGAAGAAGCAAAUUAAUGAGGAAGAAAAGAAGAAGGAAAAUCAAAGGAAGCAGCAGCAUACUACUAAUCAUAAUGCUGCAGCUCAGGCUGCCACUAUUAUUCAAACAGCUUUCAGGGGAUAUUUGGCAAGAAGGGCUCUAAAAGCACUAAAAGGUCUAGUGAAAUUGCAAGCUUUAGUGAGAGGUCACAAUGUUAGGAAACAAGCCAAGAUGACUCUCAAAUGCAUGCAAGCUCUUGUUAGAGUUCAAGCACGGGUAUUGGACCAGCGAUUUAGGCAAUCGGAGCAAGCAAGUAGAAAAUCAGACACCACUACCUCCCACCAACAUAUGUCAAGCACUAUUCCUGAUGAUUGGGAUGAAAGGCCUCAUACUAUUGAAGAGGUAAAAGCAAUGCUGCAAAAGAGAAAAGAAGCUGCUGUCAUGAAAUGCCAAGGGACCCCCUUUUCUCAACAGACAAGGAGAAGUGGCAGAAAUUCCUCGAUAGGAAGUGAUGCGGAUUUUGGAGAAAAAAGGGCGGCUGCAAAAUCAUGGGACAGUAGUAGUAGAGGCAGAGCAUCAACUUAUCCUGUCGAAAUGGAUACAUCACAACGUAAUUUAAUAACAAGAUUACACCAACGACAACAUCAACACCAACGACCAACUUCACCCCUUCAUACAUUCCCCGUUACACCUUCUCCAUCCAAAUCAACAAGACCUAUUCAAGUACGCUCUGCUAGUCCAAGACAUGACAAAAAAUCUCAAACUCCAAGCCUGAGGCCUAAUAAUAACUACUUCUCAUACCAACCUAAUAGACUAACUUCUAGUGCAGCAGCAAUUCCUAACUACAUGGCUGCUACCGAGUCUGCUUUGGCAAGAAUUCGUUCACAAAGUGCCCCACGACAGAGACCAUCGACUCCAGAGAGGGAUCGAGCUGGAUCAGCUAAGAAACGACUUUAUUUCCCUGUCCCUGACCGUUAUGGGAAUGUCCCAUCAGCCUAUGGACACAGUCUUAGGAGUCCAAGCUUUAAGAGCCUUAGUGGAGUACAUUUCGGAUAUGAACAACAGUCUAACUAUUCUUCGUGUUACACGGAGAGUAUUGGUGGCGAGAUCUCUCCAUCCUCAACUAGCGAUUUCCGAAGGUAUUUAAGAUGACCAAACGGAAAAAAUAAGGUGAUCAAUAAUGUACAUGCUAAUGCAUAUUGUAACUGUACUGCCUUUUUCUUGUUUGUUUGUUUGGAGUGUUAUUUUUUACAUUCCUUGCUCCCUUGAGAUUUCCUCCUAACUUGUAAUGUAUUUGAACCCAUUGAUGUGUUGGUCAAACCUAUUGUAACUAGUUCUGCAAGCAUUAUUUAGUGAAACAACACUUAAGGAUUUUAACAACUCAGUUGGUUAACUAUUUGAA